GUCACAGUAGUGUCGAUGCCAUUUUGCUAAGACAUCGUUUUUCGUAUCACAUUUUAAUCGCAGAUCAUCUGCAACUGGAGGCAGAAUUAAGGCUAUUGUUAACUGCUGUGUGGUUUUUCAAUAUUAGGUUAAUACAUCGAUACAACUAUUUCGUGAGAAAUCGUCGAAACAGUGGAGUAUUUGCACUGCAAACUUGACCAUCCCUCGCAAUGGCUUGUACAGCAUUGAAAAGACCUGUAGACUUCGAACAUAUCCACAGUCCUCUACAGAGAUCACCUAAACGAAGACGAUGCAUGCCUAUGGUGAUUUCGAAUGGCAGUACGCAGACAAAAUCCACACAGCCACAGCCAAAUCCGUCACAUUUUGGAGAAGUCCGACCUAAAUACACACCAGAGCUCAUUCAGGACAGGUUGCAGGCCGAGGUCCGGCGCAUGCGCAAGCGGCGGCAGGUCAUCUACGACGCGAAUCGGCGCGGCCUCCUGCAGAGCUCCAGCCCGCCCCCUAGUGACAGCGACAGCGAGAUGCCCUCGGUCGGGUCUCCCCAGCCGUCCACGUCCUCGCACUCCGCCAUGACCACCUCCGGCACGCAGUGCAGAAAGGAGCUCAAGGAGCAGCCUCUGUUCACACUGAAACAGGUUUGCAUCAGCGAUCGGUGGCGCGCGAAGUCGGAUGCAUGGAUGGAGGAGAGUCAGUUGGAACGUGUUAGCAAGUCGCUCGUGUACUGCUGUCAGAUAUGGGCAGAUAUGGAUAGCAUGAGCCAUAACAACCAGGCGGCAUUGCUGGAUCUCUAUUCGGGGGAACAGUGGAACCUGAACAUCGAACGCAUCGUUGUCGACUACACGUACAAAGAUGGCAUCAGGAUGUUAGCGGCGUCCGACGGCAGCUCCCCCUGGCUGCCGUAUCGGUGUGAGAUUCGCUGCAACAACGGGGAGCAUUGGUUGUAUCCGGCGACGAACAUGUCUCCCUAUCCCGUGCCUUGUCUGAUCAACGAUAGCGAUAUCAUCGGCCCAUGCAGACUCACUCACG